AUGAUGGAGGUAGUGAAAAAAGAGGUUCUUAAACUACUUGCUGCGAGAAUAAUCUACCCUAUUUCAGAUAGUAAGUGGGUUAGCCCUGUACAAGUAGUACCCAAAAAAGGAGGUAUGACCGUUGUCAAGAAUGACAAGGGGAAUUGUUUAGGUCAUGUUGUAUCAAAUAAGGAUGUUGAGGUUGAUAAGGCUAAGAUAGAGGUCAUAGAGAGUUUACCCCCUUCGAAUUCUGUAAAAGGAGUUCGAAGUUUCCUUGCUCAUGCAGGUUUUUACCGUCGCUUUAUUAAGGAUUUUUCAAAAAUAGCUCGACCUCUAAAUGAGCUUUUAGCUAAGGAUGUUCCUUUUGUCUUCACUGAUUCUUGUCUUGAAGCUUUUAACAGGUUGAAAGAAAGCUUUGAUCUCUGCUCUUGUCAUGCAACCCCCAGAUUGGAGCUUACCGUGUGA